UCACAAUUACACCCUUUUCCAAGUCUAAAUGACAUAUGUACCCUUUUCCAGAGAAAACUGAAACGCCAUUAUUAACGGUCAAGAGAAAAGGAAGAAGAAAAUCCACCACCAUCAAUCUCAAUCAUCAGUGAGACCCAGCCACGGCCAUGGCUACCACUUGUACUGCUCUGAGUGUGGCGUCCAUGGCAGGAGGCGCACGCGCAUGCUUAUUUUCUCAUCUCCCCCGCACGCUAGCAAAAACCAAUAUUAGUACCACAAUUAUUGUUUCCUCAAAAUGGAUUUAUUCCUCGAAAAUGGGUCUUAAUCCUCUGCAACGCGAGUGCGCGAUAAACAAAACUGUACCUACUAGGAAGCUUCAAGUUCGUGCUGCUAGAACCGAGUCACAAGGUGUCUCCUUAGGGUUUAGAGCUCCCAGUUUCGAGUUGCCAGAGCCUCUAACUGGGAAAACCUGGAAACUUGAAGAUUUUGAGCCAUAUCCUGCUUUACUGGUUAUGUUUAUCUGCAAUCACUGCCCAUUCGUUAAACACUUGAAGAAGGAUAUAGUGAAGCUCACAAAUUUUUAUAUGAAGAAAGGACUUGCAGUUGUAGCUAUAUCUUCAAACUCAGUAGCUACUCAUCCACAGGAUGGACCAGAGUUGAUGGCAGAGGACGCCAAAAUACUUAAUUACCCUUUCCCUUAUUUAUAUGAUGAGUUGCAAGAAGUAGCUCGAGACUUUGGAGCAGUUUGUACACCAGAGUUCUUCCUAUUUAAAAAGGAUGGACGGAGACCAUUUGAGCUGGUGUAUCAUGGCCAAUAUGAUGAUUCCAGACCCAGUAAUAAUGUGCCUAUCACUGGAAGGGACUUAAGUCUUGCAAUUGACUGUGUUCUUAGUGGCCAACCAGUAUCACCAGUUCAGAAACCCAGUGUUGGAUGCGGCAUAAAAUGGCAUCCUGGGGCGAAGUAACCUUCCAUGUUGGGUUUCAGGAUCAUAAUCCAGAAGCCUGAAUUUUGUUCUAUGGUAUGCUAUGUCUCCUUUCUGAGAAUUCAUAAUCAUUGUGAUAUCCAUUAUUCUACAGCAUCAUGAAUUUUUUCUGUCGCGGCUGCUGUUUCAUUGUUAUUCCCUCCAGUGUUCCAAUUCAUCUUUGGAGUCUUCCAAGAGCAGGACCGCACGGUUAAGUUUAACAUGAGUAAUUGUAUUGAGAUAUGUAUGUAAUAUGGUUUCAUGACUUAUGUAGGUUUACAUUCCUAUACGUUUGUUAUUUAAAAAUAGAAAUGAAUAAAAAAAAGAGUGUAUUUUUUGAGAUGCAA